AUGGCCAAUCCAGGGGAAUUAAUCGAGCCACUCGCCCAGAGCUCAGCAGCACAAAACCUCGACAGAAGACGCUUCUCACAGGACAUCCGCAAUCUGAGUCCAGACGUAAUAGAUGGCCUUAUGUCCACCUGUGAUGGCCGUCCUUUCCUCGUGGUGCAUCAUCUUCCAGAAUUAAAGGAGACAGGUAUACCUUACUUAAUACCCGGAGUCCCCAUCACCUGCAAAGUGGACAACACAGAGAAAUACACAACUCGCUCAAAGGUCCAUGUAGGUACACUGUACACGGUGCGGCUAACUCAUGGACAUUUCCAGUGGGCAGUAAAGAGGAAGUACAAACACUUUCAGGAGCUACAUCGAGACCUUUACAAGCACAAGAUGAUGCUUCACUUGUUGCCACUGGGAAGAUUUGCAAAAGAGAGGCAGCAGCUGAGAGCCAUGUCAGAGGAAAUGCCCAGUCUGCACGGGACUGACCGGACCAGGAGGGCCUCCAGCAAGAUGAAAUACCUGGAGGAGUACCUAAAUGGUCUGCUGGAAAAUGCAUUUUGUAGGAAUGACCAUAGCAUGCUGGAAUUCCUCUCUGUGGGUGCUCUCUCUUUUGUCACGGAUCUUGGACCCAAAGGCUUGGAGGGCCCUAUCUUCAAGAGGUCAGGGGGUCACCGUAUUCAGGGUUUGAACUGCAUCGGCCAUCACCAGUUCUGUUUCCGCUGGUCACGCCGCUGGCUGGUGGUAAAAGACUCGUUCCUGAUGUACAUGAACAGAGACAACGGAAGUAUCAACUUUGUGUUACUGUUUGACCCUGAGUUCAAGGUGAAAGUGGGUCGUGCUCACACAGACACCAGAUACGGAGUCUGUUUUGAGAACUUCACUCGGUGUCUGGUCAUCAAAUGCAGCAGCUACAGGCAGACCCACUGGUGGAGUCAUGAAAUCAACCGGUUGGCCGAGAGCUGCGAUUACCUCAAAGUACAGUGCUUUGGGGGUUUUGCUCCACCACGGGACAACACACUCACUAAAUGGUAUGUGAAUGGAAGUGGCUACUUUGCAGACCUGGCUGAUGCUCUUGAACAAGCUAAGGAGGAGAUUUUCAUCACUGACUGGUGGCUGAGCCCUGAAGUGUUCUUGAAGAGGCCAGCAACUGAGAACUACUGGCGCCUGGAUGAGAUACUCAAACGCAAAGCAGAACAAGGAGUCAAAGUGUGUGUCUUGCUGUACAAGGAAGUGGAACUUGCACUUGGCAUCAACAGUGACUACAGCAAAAGGACUCUGAUGAAUAUGCACCCGAACAUCAAGAUAAUGCGACAUCCUGAUCAUGUGUCGUCUGUGGUGUUCCUGUGGGCUCACCAUGAAAAGAUGGUGGCUAUUGACCAAACUGUGGCUUUUGUCGGAGGGAUUGACCUGGCAUUUGGGAGAUGGGAUGACAGCCAGUAUCGGCUCACUGACCUUGGUUUGACAGCCAACAGUGUAACAGAGCCGGAGCCACAAGAAAAUACAGUGGUUGAUGCAGUGACUGAUGAUACAAAACCAUUGGAACCAGAUAAUCAAGUAGAGCAGGACCCUCUGGAUCUGACUGGCAACACUAAGCUGUGGCUUGGCAAAGACUAUAGUAACUUUAUCAGAAGAGAUUGGGUCCAGUUGGACAAACCCUUUGAAGAUAACAUUGACCGUACUCAAGUUCCUCGCAUGCCGUGGCGUGAUCUGUCUGCAGUUCUUCACGGCAAAGCUGCCAGAGAUGUAGCACGGCACUUCAUUCAGCGCUGGAACUACACCAAGAUCUUCAAGAUCAAGUACAAGGAUGAUUUCUACCCCUACCUUCUCCCAAAGUCCCACUGUACUGCCGACACACUGCCUUUCACUGUGCCUGGGUCCCAGAAAGCCAAAGUACAGGUGUUACGUUCUGUAGAUCGGUGGUCAGCUGGAACCUGCGAGAAUUCGAUUCUCAACGCCUACAUCCAAACCAUCGAGAACAGCGAGCACUUCAUCUACAUCGAGAACCAGUUUUUCAUCAGCUGUGCUGAUGGGAAGACCGUCCAUAAUGGGAUCGGGGAUGCAAUUGUGAACCGAAUUCUGCGUGCACACAGAGAGCAGAAGAAGUACAGAGUGUUUGUGGUGAUUCCUCUACUUCCUGGAUUUGAGGGAGACAUCAGUGCAGGAGGUGCAAAUGCCAUCCAAGCGAUACUGCACUUCACUUACAGGACUAUAUGUCGUGGAGAGCACUCCAUCCUGUCGAGACUUAGUGAAGUUCAAGAUCAAUGGACUGAGUACAUCACAGUGUGCGGCCUGAGGACUCAUUCCCAGCUUUCCCAGUCCCUUGUGACCGAGCUUAUCUAUGUUCACAGCAAGGCCCUCAUCGCUGAUGACCGCCGCUAUAUCAUUGGCUCAGCCAACAUCAAUGACCGCAGCAUGCUGGGCAGCAGAGACAGUGAGCUGGCAGUGUAUGUAGAGGAUGAGGAGAGAGUCCCGUCCAUUAUGGGAGGGGAGGAGUACCAGGCAGGACCCCUCACACUGGCUCUACGCAAAGAGUGUUUCAGUGUUCUUGUUGGAGCCGCUUCAGACCCUAGUAUCAAUAUUGAUGAUCCAAUCAGCGAUGAGUUUUUCUACUUGGUCUGGAAUGAAAAAGCUAAGCAGAAUGCUGAGAUUUAUGACAAGGUCUUCAAAUGCCUACCUUGCGACACAGCCCAGAAUAUGCGGGAGGUGAAGGAGUACUCCAAUCAGGAGCGCCUCUGUGACACUGACCCAGAACAGGCCGUCGAGGAGCUGAAGGCUGUCCGAGGACUGUUGGUCCACUUCCCCCUCAAGUUCCUGUGUGAGGAGAACCUUCUGCCUCCACUGGCCACUAAAGAAGGCAUGGCCCCCGUAGGGCUGUGGACAUAACGUCAGCUAUCAGACCAUUACAUAACAGUCAAAGGCCUUCUGUACAACAUGCUUCUUGUAGUUUUAUCUCACCUAAUGUUCAGCCCAGUAGACUAUAAUAGUCACAUCACACUUACUUGACUGUUGAGACGAUACCAACUGAAAACAAUUUGUUUUGUAUGAAUGUUUUUGUGAAACCUGUUUGACUGAUUAUGGGCUUGUCUGAACAUAACCCCUCAACUGUAGAUUUUAUGAUUGAUAAUCUUUUAGUAGAUGAGCAUGAUGUAGAAUAGCAUGUACUGGCCAGUUAGUCCAUGACGACAGUGUCUGUUUCAUAACUUCUACAAUGCAAUCUGAAGUGCGGAGCUGGCGGCAGUGUAAAGCUCAGAUAAAUGAAUGUGUGAGUCAGAAGAGAAUUGCAAGGUUGUAUUGGAAAUGGAGCAUCUCACAUGAUCAGGGAACAUAGUGUACAUUUAUUGGUGCAAGGUUUUUGGGUGGGUGGCUCUGUCUCUGUCUCUCUCUUUCGCUCUCCUCACUCACUCCCUCUGAGGCUUCACCUCUCACUGCAGUGCCAGCAAAUCUGUCAGAACAUUUGUGGUUGUUAUGGUGACGGAUAUAAAGAGAUGACUAGAUUGUAGCUGAAAUAAAGACUGGAUCGGGCAGAAAAGGGAGAGAACUGAUGAGAGGGGUAACUUACUAAUUCAGGAUAGUGCAUGAGAAAAUAGAAGGUAAUGUGUCAAAAGGAGACUAUUUGUUGAGGAAUGUCAUUUUGAUAAUUCUGGAUAAAUGACAAGGUGGUACAACUGUAAAUGGAAAGGAGAAGGAGGAUAAGAUAAUUAAAAGGUACGAGGUUGAUUUAGCAUUAAUAGUUGCAUGUUUUUAAGUCACCAUGACAACAAAGUGAAUUAUUAUUUCACCAUGUUGUCAGCAGUCUAGGACAGAACAUCCCACUGUCAGAGAAAGCCUCAUGAAGCAGAGACAGAAAUUGUUUGACCACCAUAGUUUUCAUGUUUUUCUUAUAUGGACUCCAGGUGCCAUAUCAUACCUUUAAUGGCCAUUCGUCUCCAGUUUGCCUGUAUUAAAUCAUAUUAUUUAUUAUCAUUUUUCCUUAGAUGCGCUGUUUUUCUGUAAUCUGUUACUGAAGAGUGAUUCAACAUGAUUUACAAUUCUACUUAGAUUUCCAUUUUUAGCACCAUUAAAUCGUAUUUUUUAACCUUAUAAUGUACACGAUUUUUAAUACUUAUCUAACCAUGUUACUGAGCCACGAAGCAAGCAACUACUUUUAGAUAAACACCUGUGAUUGGGCACCUAUGGUGAAUGGUAGAAAACCCCCUCCCCUCUUUUGAAAUGCUGUAUUCAGUCUAAAAAUACCAGCAAUGAAAGGACAAUGUAAUAACUGAGCUGAUGCUGAGAAAAUGGACUUAAAGUGUUUUUCUGCAGGAACAUAAAGAAGGAAAAAAGAAAAGAAUCCUGAGCAGGGUGACAUUUUCUAUGCAAAGUGUAGUUACUGAAACCAUUUUACAUCUUUGAAUGAUCCCCAGACCGGCCAAGUGCAAACACCUCCUUCAUACCAAAGUCUCUGUUUUGUUUUUGUCAGGCCAAGUCAAAAUGAGGGCAGCAUCUGAAGUGUGUUUGUGGGUUUUGGUUGUUUUUUUUGCCUUUAGGUGGUGUUCCCAUCUGAAUUUUAUGUGAAGAAAACCUCUACCAUGUAUUUAAAUGAGACUUACUAGGCUGUAUGUAAUAAGUGACAAAUACUGAUAGAUUGAAGUCCCUCUCAUUAACUCCAUCUGUUUUGUCAGCUUGUUGUAGUCACACUGGUUCUUAUGCUUUUGAAUCAGGGCCAGAACUUAUCACUACUUUAAUGGUUUUUGUGUGAACUGAUUUGCAAAUGUCACAGACCACAAACAUCUCAUGCAAACACACUUGUCCUGUGUCAGCGCCUUUUAACUCAAGGGCCCAUGAAAGUCUGUUUAGAAAUUGUGUGGUUAUGAACUGUUGACACUUUCUUUCAGAGGAUAUUAAAUUACCUCUGAGCCUUCACAUACUAGAAGCUAAAUAUUUUCUAGUGUCCCUUUUUGAGCACAAAAUGGUUUCUUCCUGUGGUAUUUUUUUUUUUAAAGAUUUCAGGAAAAUAAUUUUGACGUACUAAGAAGUGACUGCACAUUGUUUAAUUUUUGACUACUAGCCAGCAUUUACCAGUAUAUAUAUUUUUUAUAAAUAAUUUGUUUUUAACCAUUCUUUGUUUAUGUGAACAUUAGUUUAGUUUAAUACACUAAAAUGUAUGGACUAUUAACACUCAUGAUUGUACUAGUACUGUGUCACUGAGCAAUUUCUACUAAAGUAUAUUACUAUUCUUGUUUCCAUAAUACAUUUGACUAUUAAAAUUAAAAUGACUUUUUUAACAACG